CUCAGGGUAAUGUCAUACUGUGCAUACACUCCUCUGCAACUGAGCAGAGGAACGAUCAGAUCUUCUUGUAGAAUAUUGAGGGUUGUUGUGGCUAGCUAUGAGUACAUUUUAGGAAAAAUCAACACAUCUGGAAAAGGUCUAAAUAAAUUGGAGUUCAGUGGAUUUCCAGUUGCAACAACAAGGUCUUGAUCCUCAGUCAUGCUGUUGGUGCUCCUUGCUGUCCUUGGCCUAACUGCCAGCUCUCCAUGUAUUGCUGCCCCACUGGGAGACAACGUUUCUGAUUUGCAGCCAGUUUUCACUGGGUUCACCAGAAACAAGCUGCUGCUAAUCUCCUUUGAUGGCUUCCGCUGGGACUAUGACCGAGAUGUUGAAACCCCUUACCUGGAUAAGAUGGCUCAGGAUGGCGUGAAGGCUGCCUAUGUUACUCCAGCCUUCCUUACCAUUACCAGUCCUUCUCAUUUCACAAUGCUGACAGGACGUCACAUCGAGAAUCAUGGAGUAAUUCACAACAUAUGGUUUAACACUACCACUCAAGAGAAGAAGCAGUACUAUAUGACUCAGUUUGUUGAUUCUUACUGGGACAAUGGCAGCUUACCCAUCUGGAUAACAGCACAGAGACAGGGGCUAAAGGCAGGCUCUCUUCAUUUCCCAGGCACAGCAGCCACCUACAAAGGAGAGACUGUGAGGGUGAGGCAAGUGGAACCUCGUUUCUAUGAUCAUUCAAAUGAAACAGAUUGGAGGCUGAACAUUGACAAGGUGAUUGGAGAAUGGUUCCACCAACAGGACCUGGACUUUGUCUCUUUGUACUUUGGAGAACCAGAUUUGGCUGGGCACUCAUUUGGACCAGAUUCACCAGAACGGCGGGAGAUGGUCCAGCAAGUCGAUCGAACUAUAGGCUACAUCCGGGACAAAAUCCAAGACCACGGUCUUACUGACCGGCUCAACAUUAUCAUCACUGCUGACCAUGGUAUGAGUACAGUUCUACGGGGUGGACUAGUUGAGGAGAUCAUCCUCUCUAAGAUCCCUGGCUUCAGCUUCAGGGAUAUCCAGUUCCAGCUGUUGGAUUAUGGUCCUGUUGGGAUGCUGCUUCCUAAAGAGGGGAUGCUGGAGAAGGUGUACCAGGCUCUGAAAGGAGCCCACCCUCACCUUCAUGUGUAUAAAAAGGAGGAGGUGCCAGCGAGACUGCACUACAGUAAACACCCUCGACUCCUGCCCAUCAUUCUCAUUGCUGACCCUGGAUAUAUUGUCAAUGGGUUGUUACCAUUAAAUUCCAACAAAGGAGAGCACGGUUUUGAUAAUGAAGUCAUGGACAUGAAAGCCUUCUUCAGGGCAGUGGGGCCUGAUUUCCAGAAAAACCUGAUGGUAGAUCCCUUUGACAUGGUUGAUGUGUACCCACUGAUGUGCCAUCUACUGGGAAUAAACCCUGAGAUCAAUGAUGGGAAGUUGCACAAUACCAAACACAUGUUGGUCCCCAAAGAAAACACAGGAGGAAACAAUGAAAUUCCAAAGAAGAACACUCAAAUGGAGGUGGUGAUUGGCUUGUCAGCAGCGAUUGGGUUUCUUGUACUUCUUUUCAUCAUUACCACUUCUUACAACAUGUGGAAGAGAACCAAAGCAUAAUGAAUUUAGACAGUAAUCUUAAAAUUCAGAGAAAAGUAAAAAUUAGCAUGUUCUAUUUUAUUAUACAAGAGUAUGCCUACUGUAGGCAAAGAGGAGACAUAAUGAGUUUAUGGGUUUAUGUACAUAAAUAAUUGAGAAUUUGGGGUAUAAAUACUAAGGUAAGUGUUGUGAUACAUGAACAUGUAUUUGGUAGUUUUAUGUCAGCAUCAUGUGGUAAUUAACUGUAUUCUGCAAAUAAAAUUUUUGGUGCAUUCAUUCUCUCAUGCUCUCCCUGUAUCCUGCUCUAAUGGUUGAAGAUCAAAAUACUUUA